GCUCCUCUUAAGGUCUGUAUAUAUACCCAACCUGAUCCUCUUAUUGCAAACUCAGGCUUUGAGGUUUGAGCUUUUACUAUAGAAUAAUAAGGGUAAUAAACAAAGACACCCAAAGAUGGGUCUCAAGGUCUCCUCUUCUCUCCUCUGUCUCACCAUCUUACUCGCUGUUUCAUCCAUUGUAUCAGCGGUUAACAUAACCCGAGUGCUCGAGAAAUACCCUGAAUUCAGCACCAUGACCGAGCUUCUUGCCAAGACCGAGCUCACACCAAUUAUCAACAAACGUCAGACCAUCACCGUGCUGGCCCUUAACAACGAUGCUAUCGGUUCCAUCUCUGGUAGACCCGAGGAAGAGGUCAAGAACAUUCUUAUGAACCAUGUGGUUCUUGACUACUUUGAUGAGCUUAAGCUCAAGGCUCUCAAGGAAAAGAGCACAUUGCUCACUACCCUUUACCAGUCCACCGGUUUGGGCCAACAGCAAAACGGUUUCCUCAACUGCACCAAAUCUAACGGAAAGAUUUACUUUGGUUCUGGUGUGAAAGGCGCUCCUCAAACCGCUGAAUACAUCACAACCGUUUUCCGUAACCCGUACAAUCUCUCUGUGGUCCAGAUCAGCAUGCCCAUUGUGGCACCUGGACUCGGGUCUCCGGUUAAGGUUCCUCCACCACCACCCAUGUCUUCACCACCGGCCCCAUCUCCCAAGAAGGGUGCAGCCACUCCAGCUCCAGCUCCUGCUGAUGAAGGGGAUUAUGCAGAUGCUCCUCCUGGUUUAGCUCCAGAAACCGCACCUGCAUCUGCACCAUCAGAAAGUGAUUCUCCAGCUCCAGCUCCAGAUAAGUCUGGCAAGAAGAAGAUGGCAGCAGCUGAUGAGGCUGAACCACCUUCUUCUGCUUCUAACACCGGUUUGAGCUUCGGUGCUGUCCUUGUUCUCGGGUUUGUGGCUAGCUUUGUUGGGUUCUAAGAUGAUUUAAGACAGCGAGUCGAGGAUAAAUUAAACUGAUAAUGAGACUCGAACAUAGACAGAGGCAAUGGUGAUACGAAGUGGAUCAAAGACACUAACAAUUUCUACUCACAUUAUUGUACCUCAAUCAUUUAUCAUUAGACAAUGAAAGUGUGAUGUUCUGUCCUGUGAAGCUUGUAUUACCACAUUGUAACUAAAUGUUUUAUCUUCAUUCAUCCAAUCCGUAACGUAA